AUGAUGCAUUCUCUCUUUGUGGAGUGGAUUCGUCGGCAUCCCCAAAAUCUUGGGGUCAGGCUGCGCUUGUGGUACGUUGUGUCGAAUGUGGAUAGAUCUCCCAAAAUCCUGGCUCUGCGCACCGAAGAGGUUCGCUUUCUCAAGCUUCUGAAACCCAGUGGAGCACGGAGUAACCUGGAGGAGCUUCUGGCUGCCAUGCAUCACAAGCUCGACAGAGGUUGCAGCUUCAGUGAGUUCCCCAUGUCUUAUGGCGAUGCGACGCGGAUGCCACGGAAAGGCUUCAAGCUGGUGCUCCUGGGGGAUGCCUCGGUGGGGAAAUCCAGCAUUUUGAUGCGCUUCUUGCACAACAAGUUCUCCGAAGAAAUCGAGACCACGGUUGGUGCUGCCUUUAACACCAAGACCAUCGAGUCGCGGGGGCGACAGGUGAAAUUCGAGAUAUGGGACACAGCUGGGCAGGAAAGAUUUCGGAGUCUUGCUCCCAUGUACUACAGGGGUGCUUCGGCAGCUGUCGUGGUCUACGACCAGACCAACGCUGUCACCUUUGAGCGCGCGCAAGAGUGGGUGCGACAGGUCAUGUCCACCAGUGCGAAUCCAAACAUUGUCAUCGCACUGGCAGCCAACAAGGCUGACAUGGAAGAGAAACGACAAGUUCCCUGGGAGAAGGCUGAAAGCUUCGCACAGCAGGAGGGCUUGUUCUUGCUUGACACCUCUGCCAUGAGCGGCAAGAAUGUCUUGAGACUCUUUGAGGGUGUGGCUGAACUCCUGCCUGAUGAGCCAUUCGUUCCUCAGCAACGUGGUCUUCAAGUGACGUCGAAUACUCAAUCCACUGCUGCCGCAGAUGGAAAGCCACCGGCCAAGCGCCUUUGUUGCGCCUAGGCGCUUCACUCUCAAGGAAGCCAAAGUGCAGAGAGAGUUUGGAAUGUUUGGAUCUGUCCAGUAAGACUUUACACCCCUUGUUCCUUGCUCAAAGUGUCAG